AUGGUUAUUCAAUUUUAUCAAUUUGGCUGGGCUAAGAACGAGUUAAGAACGUUCUUAACCCCCCUCCGUGUUUGUAGGGACAAGUACAACUAUCCCGGAGCAUGGACGUGGCUGGACGGUGACGACCCAAUUAGGCUGCCUGCCAGUGUGCUGAACCCCAUCUCAGAUGCCACAGGACAGUCUAUCACAAGGACAGCCAAUGAGCCUCUGCCAGCAGUACGGACAAAGGUGGAGCUCGUGGCCAUGACUCCGGUGCCCACCCAUGGUGGCGAGGUGGAAUCUGCACCAGCGCUGCACCACCUUGCCCUGUUGGACCUCGACCACUUCAACACGGACCUGGGCCUCCACUACGACUCCAUGCAUACGCUAGCCAACAGCUCGCGUGAUCUUUUCAAGCUUGCCAUGGGUGGCGCCCGGGUGACUGAUGCCGUCCGCCAGCAUGAGCUCAACGUCAACAGACGGACGUGGGAGGGGACGCCAUGGUUGACACCCAGCAUUGAUCGGAUGGCCUCAGCUGUGGGAUCGGUGGCAGCAGUCAUCCCCUCAAGGGACGGUGGCGGAUCACGCCUGCGCAGCCUCUUCAAGCCUGGAAAGAGUGUGAAGAUGCACACAUGGUGCUUUCUUGCUAGCCCAUAUGGAGCCUACAUCUUUGGCCACGCCACUGGAAUCGGUUCUCCUCAGCUUGAGGUGAUGCUGCAGCUGCUCUGCAGCGUGUCCUUCCUGAUGGACAAGGCCGUGCCGCGGGAGGACUGCUUGCCAAUCCUCCAUGGUGUCGCUCGUGCCGUGACACUGAUGGAGAUUCACCUGCCUUCCUGCAAACUAGACAUGAAGUUGCAUCAGCUGCUGCACCUCACGGACUGGAUACAUAAGGAGUCGGUGAUUCUAGCUGCUGAGAGGUUACCCGAGGGCCUCUGCACUUUUGAACCCCCACAGGACACCGUGUCCGCUGGAAAGUUGACCCAUCAGCAGAAGGCAUAUUGGACGGUCACUAAUUCCACCGGCCCCAGCGUUGACACUAUCUCCGGAAACGCUGCAAUAGGAUUUAAGCAGGCACGGUGUGAGACCCUUCCGGAAGGCUUCCUCCUGGAGAUGCAUGAGACUUACCUGCACCACAGCACCGACUACUCUGAUUUAUUUGGUGUUUUCACCGCCUGGCUGUGGGAGCAGUGGACUGAUGACACGACCCCGGGGCCAUUCCUGUCCGACUAUCUUUCACACCUGAGGCUAAGGACCCAUUCAAGAAGGACGCUGUUGCACCGGGACAGCCAUGGCUCUGUGUCCAUGCGGAGCAAGGUGCUUGCCAAGUGCUGCCUCAGUGAGCUGUGGUGUCAAGAUGUGUGGGUGCAGCCGGGUUUGCUGUUGGGGUCAAAGCCGGUCAGUGGUAUACAUCUCGCAGGCAGGUUCUUGGAGAAGCUCGUGGCCAUCAAGUUCAACAACAACGUGGAACUCACUGCAUUCGAUAGCAACAAGCCUAAGACAUCACAGGCCUGCUGGUUCAUCACCCGGAGAUGCAACUCCAGCGACAAAAUGUGGGCGGGGAAGGUGCUGGGCUUGUACCGCUACAGGUCACCAUUGAACAGGGAUAAGUUCGAUGUGGUGCUGGAGGUCGAAUGGCAUGCUCCCCUGCUAGGGAACAACAGUGAUGCCGAAGUUGCAGUCGACCAGUUCAUGAAUGUCCCCUUGGUGGAUGCCAGGGCUGCCAGUGUGUCCAACACAGGCUCUCGUUACUACCUGGCUGAGGAUGUUGCGCCUUGCCGGGUGCACAUCUUGCCACACCCCAGUAAGCGGGGCGCCCUGUGUGUUCUUUCAAGAAGCUACAGCUUCAUGCGGGUGGCUGGCUGGGAGGCCCUGCAGCCACAGACCCCAUGGGCGAGGUCACGGUAG